CUGAUGGACCUCCUGCUGUCUACCAGCUGAGACCAAAGAAACAGAAGUCUGGAACUCUGACAAGAAUGACUGUUGGAGAAAAAAAUCCAUACAAGACAAACAGAACCAUCAUACUGGUGGGAGAAACAGGAGCAGGAAAAUCUACUCUGAUCAACGCUCUGCUCAACUACACCAUGGGAGUGAAGUGGGAGGAUAGAGUCUGGUUUCAGAUCGUAGAGGAGAAGAAGAAGAAGAAAGAUCACACAGAAGGUCAGACAAAAGGUCAGACAGAAAGUCAGACAUCAGAUGUGAUCGUGUACGAGAUCUUUGGUUUUGAAGAUAAAACUCUGCCCUACUCUCUGACCAUCAUUGAUACUCCUGGAUAUGGAGACACCAGAGGAAUUGAAAAAGAUGACAUCAUCAGUCACAGAUUGUUGGACUUGUUUCGAUCAGAUGAUGGAGUUCAUGAAGUUCAUGCAGUGGGUUUGGUCAUGAAGGCGAGUGAUAAUCGACUGAGUGAGCGACUGAUGUACGUCUUUGAUUCAGUGACGUCUCUGUUUGGAAAAAACAUGGAGAAAAACAUUGUAGCUCUGAUCACACACUCAGAUGGAAGCAGAUCUGAAAAUGUUCUUGAAGCUCUUGAAGUUGCAGCAAUUAAAUGUGCCAAAAAUGAAAAGACUGAGCCUGUUCCCUUCCUGUUUAAUAACUCACAGUAUGAAGACUGAACAGAAGAAAAUACGUCUUCAAAGCAUUCAUGGGAACUUACACAGGAAAACAUCAAUCAGUUGACAGACUUCUUGGGAAAAUCUAAUCCUCAAAAACUGAUGACAACAGUUGAAGUGUUAAAUGAACGAAUCAGACUGAAAGCCUGCAUCCAAAACCUGAAAGAGAGAAUCAAGCUGGCUGAAGUGAAACAGAGAGAA